AUGACAAAUGUAACAGGUGUUGCAAAAAACCAUGAGAUCGGGAAGUGCCCUGCAUACGGGGCCACAUGUCACUAUUGUAAGAAGGAAAAUCACUGGUUCAAAGUAUGCACAUUAAGACGCAACAAUGUAAACAAGAUAAAAAGCCAAGAAUAUGCAUACAGCAGCACUGAGGAAGAAAGCAAUGAUGAAGAACUUUUCCACAUACGCACGGCCUCCGAAAUAGAUGAGAGUGUGAACGCUGUCGAUGACAAAUGGCUUGUAAAACUAGACGUGUGUGACAGUAAGAUUACACUCCGAAUAGAUACCGGAGCAAAGUUUAACAUUUUGGUUGAAGCAGAAUAUGACAAAAUCAUGAACAAUGUUCAACUGCAUCGCUCAUCAAAACCAAUGAAAUCAUAUACCAACCAUCAAAUCAAACCAUUGGGAUCCAAUUUCGUUUCUGUCAAAAGUGGUGACAAAGUAAUCAGCACACGCUUUGAGGUCGUCAACUUGUCACAAGAAAACAUUCUUAGUGGAAACAUGGCUGAAGAGCUUGGUCUAGUGCAGGAGAUUAACAACAUUGACGAGCAAAUCAAAAAAUAUAUUGGCUUGUGA